AUGAACUAUGUGGUGGACUCCAUCAAGAAAGACGCAGUUCGUGGAAUUGACCUGGAGGCCGUGUUACAUAAAAUUAUGUGUGAAGACUGUGAGAUUGGGAAGCAAUCUCGAAAGCCAUUUCCAGCCGCAACAAGAAAUGCAACGAUAAAACCAGGAGAAAUGGUCCAUAUGGACUUAGCCGGAAAAAUGUCUGUUGCAUCCCUGGGAGGAGCUCAAUAUUUCUUACUCUUGAAAGACGAUGCUACUGGCUUCCGCACUGUAUAUUUUCUCAAGAGCAAAGACGAAGCCAAGGAUCGUAUCAAAUGCUACAUUGAAUUUAUGGAAAAUCAAACAGGAAGAAAGGUCAAGAUAUGCCGUUCAGACAAUGGUGGAGAAUUCUGUAAUUCUACUUUGGCAUCAUACUUCAGAGACCGGGGAAUAAUUCAUGAAACAACCGUCAGCUACAAUCCAGAAAUGAAUGGGAGGUCCGAACGUGAAAUAAGAACUUUAAAAGACUGUGCUCGAACUAUUCUGCUGGCAGCUAAAUUACCCGAAUCUUUAUGGGCUGAAGCCGUUGCCACCACCGUCUACGUCCACAACCGAAUACUGGACAAGCAAAGUCCAAAUAUAACCGCAUUUGAGGCAAUAUUUGGCAAGAAACCUUCACUCCGUCAUUUGAGAGUCUUUGGUAGCGUAGCAUUUGCACAUAUACCAGCCCAGAAAAGGACGGUCUGGGGAGCAAAGGGAGAGCGACUUAUCCUGUGUGGGUAUGCAUCAGAGAGCAAGAAAUAUCGUCUUUACGACCCUGAGUCCGGACAAGUGGUUGAGGCAAGAAAUGUAUCUUUCCACGAAGAAGCUUUUGAACCGACAGUAAUGAUACAUGGCGAAGAAGAAAGAGAUGAACCUGAUGAAUCCAAAUCUGAAAAAGAUGAUGCAAAAGAUGAUGCACAAGAUGAUGCACAAGAUGAUGCAGAAUGGACGGACGAGGAGAAAUACGAUCCCGAGGACCCACAGCCUGAUCAAGUUGACCCACAGCCAGUACAACCUGACAACGAGAAAAUGGGUGACGAAUUAGAAGUCCAAGUUAAAACUGAAAAAGGAGACUACACGGCUCGCAUUCCAUCGCAAGGGACGACACGUGUUGUCUUGCCUGAAACAAGUAAAAAAUCAGGAACCACUCGCAAUUUAAGAGACAGAGCUAAAAUUAAGAAACCAGAUAGAUAUCAAGCUCAUGCCAUUUAUGCAGACAAAGAACCUUCAACUUAUAAAGAAGCCGUUGAGUCUAAAGAGAAGGAAGAAUGGAUAAAGGCAAUGCAAGAUGAGAUUGAAAGUCAUAAGAAAAAUGGGACUUGGAAAUACGUGAAGAGAGUCCUCCCAUUACUUGCAGUUGGAGUAAUAAUUGGUGUGACUGUCCUUGUAGCCGGCUUAUCAGUUGGUGGAGCAAUCAAUUCGUUUGUUCAAACUGGAAGAAUCUCUGCUUUGCAAGGAACAGUAGCGGAACAAAGAGAGAUGCUGGAUGAAUUGGAACGUCGCGUGGAAAUAUCGGAAAGAGAGAUUGAGAAGCUUAAGGUUAGCCUAAAUGCUACACUAGAACAGCUUCAGCUACAUCAGCUUGAUCACGACGAACUCAAAUCCAUUGACACCAAUUUCGCAAUUGCCUACCUUACCAGUCGCCUCAUGAUAGUCAGCUUCGCACAAUCUCAAAAGUGCGAAAUAUCAGAUGACAGAACCAAGCUGUAUGUGGACUUCACAGCAACUGAAAUUAACAAAGAUUUGCAACUCAUCGAGGCAGACUCCUUCGGUCUCAAAGUUGAAAGGAAGAAUGAAACCUGCGUUCUAAAGUACAAGGGACCCCAUAAUGCCAUCCUUUCUACGAAAGAUGACUGCGUAUACUCCAUCAAUGUUAAGGAGCCUACAACCCCCGACCUAAUUGUUUCGCCCACUCGAGGAUGCACGCAAACAGCGAAAACAAAGAACUCCAAUCACUUUGACAUAGACCACUGUUAUGACAAGAACCUUGCUGAACCAUGGGAUUUUGUACAAAUCAAACUACACCAUGGACAAUAUCAUAUCUACUGCCCUGGGUCCAAUAUUACCAUUGAGAGGAAGCUGCAACAAUGCCCUGCUAGCGUGUUCAUCCUUCCAAUGAAUGCUAAUUUUAAAAUACAUGAUAUUGAAUUUUCAGGAACUGAAUCCAGCCUUGUUCACCAAGAGGUAGUCGACCCACUAUUCACGAUGAAAGCCAACUGGCACUUGCAGCCUAGUUUCAACUGGACCAGUCUGAUGAUCAAUGGUUCCACUGACGAAGGAGGGUCAAUCCACUACCACACAAGCAAUGAACCAGCCUGGUCAACAAUGGAAUGGAUCUUAACCCUUUGCAUACUAAUAAUAGUUGCUCAAGCCAGUCUUUGUGUUUUCCUUUUUCUGAAAAGCCGGCCAAAUGUAAUUUCGGUUAGGGCAAAUCCAGUGGAAACUGCCGAUAUUGAACUUUAA